GUCCAACGCGCCAAUGAGGUUCCUUGUUUAUUUAUAGUUACAUUUCUGAGUCACUCAGCCAGUGUAGCUACUUGAACCGGAGACGAGACAUUUUUACAACUGUCGUCACACUUUCCUAAUUUGUUUUUAUCUAAAAGACGAGAUGGCUAAACCGAAAGUUUUCUUCGAUAUCACUGCUGAUGGCAACGCAGUUGGAAGAAUCACCAUGGAGUUGAGAGCUGAUGUAGUACCUAAAACUGCAGAGAAUUUCAGAGCUCUUUGUACUGGUGAGAAGGGAUUUGGUUACAAAAAUUCCACAUUCCAUAGAGUUAUAACAGAUUUCAUGUGUCAGGGGGGAGAUUUCACUCGUGGAGAUGGUACUGGAGGUAAAAGUAUCUAUGGUGAAAAAUUCGCUGAUGAAAACUUCCAGCUGAAACAUGAGGGUCCAGGAACAUUGUCCAUGGCAAAUGCUGGCCCCAACACAAAUGGUUCUCAGUUCUUUUUGUGUACUGUUAAAACUGAUUGGUUAGAUGGUAAACAUGUAGUAUUUGGUAAAGUGGUUGACGGUAUGGACGUGGUAAAAAAGAUUGAAGGCUAUGGUUCUCAAUCUGGCAAGACCUCCAAAAAAAUUGUUAUUGCUGAUGCUGGUCAAUUGUAAACAUGUCUGAAUUUUGAAACAUAUUUAACACUGUCCACUAUUUCUAUAAUCUGUACUUGAAAACUUAAAAAUUAAUUUUCUAAAACUUUUCAUUUAUCUGAUACAGGGUGUAUUGGCAGUCAUAUUAUUGGUGUUAAUGUAUCAAUACACAUUUCACUUGCAUUUGUUGCCAUGUUUCUCAUAAUUUUUUUUAAAUUCUAAUAUUGGUCAAGACUUGCAGAAAUAAUCAUGUAUUGACUUGUAAUAAAAAUCAUGUAUUGACUUGAAGAGAAAAAACCUGUAUUGGCUUGUAGUAAAAAAAUUAUGCUUUGACUUGAAGAAAAAAAUCAUGUAUUGACUUGAAGAAAAAAAUGAAUUGACUGGUAAUGAUAUUCAUGUAUUCACUUGUAAUAAAUAUCAUGCAUUGUUUUGAAGAGAAAAUCAUGUAUUGAAAUCAUGUAUUGACUUGAAGAGAAAAAAACCUGUAUUGGCUUGUAGUAAAAAUAAAAUAUCAUGUUUGUACUUGAGGAAAAAAAACAUGUUUUUACUUGAAAAAAAACAUGAUUUUACUUGAAGCAAAAAAAUCAUGUUUUGACUCGAAGCAAAAAAAAAAAAUCAUGAUUUUACUUGAAGAAAGAAAAAAUUAUGUUUUGACUCGAAGAAAAAAAAUCAUGUUUUGACUUGAAGAAAAAAAAUCAUGUUUUGACUCGAAGAAAAAAAACGGUUUUGUCUUGAAAUGACAAUCAAUAAUCAUAAUGUAAUUUUCUUGCUAUGACAUUGUUCAUAUUCUUUUGUGUUAAAUCAUAAAAUACAGUUUGAUAGUGCUUA